AUGCCUGAAACAAAUAUAACAGAAUCAGGAAGUGGUGAGAAAGGAAUCACAUAUGACAAUGGACAUCCUUAUCACCUAAACAAUUCAGAUUCACCUGGUAUGACUCUAGUCAACACUGUUUUUUAUGGAAGAGGAUACCCAGGUUGGAGGAGAUCCAUCCUCCUAUCUCUAUCAGCCAAGAGGAAACUUGGUUUUAUCAAUGGAGCUUGUAAAGCCCCAGAUCUGAAGUCUGCAAAUUUUCAACAAUGGAGUUGUGUCAAUGAUAUGAUUAUAUGUUGGAUAUCAAAUGCAUCAUUUAAAGAUAUUGCAGACAGUGUGAUGAACUCCAAGACUGCAAAAGAACUUUGGGACAGUCUAGAACAGAGAUUUGGCAAGUCAAAUGGUGCCAAACUCUACCAUCUACAAAAGGAAUUGACAGGACUAGUACAAGGUAAUAGUGACAUUGCUGGGUACUUCACCAAACUUAAGAGGUUAUGGGAUGAAUUAUAUGGGAUAAAUGUGAUUGUUUGA